UAAAUAAAGGCCUUUUUCUAGCUCCAACUUGAACAAGUUCCUCGCACCGGUCUAAAAUUUCACCUUCUUUUCUCAGUCACUCUCUCUGAAAAUCUAAAAGAUCCCAACAAUGAACAGGAUAACUACAAGAAGGGUGGCUUUCAAUAUCCAUGUCUUGAAAUUUGCGCAGAGGACUUUAUGUAGUGGUGCUGGUGCAAAAUUACCAGGUUCAGAUGGUGAUCAAAGUCUCACAGGCAAGCACGAGUUCCCUAAUAAUGUGCCCAUAUAUGAUGUUGCAAUUGUUGGUGGGGGCAUGGUUGGCAUGGCUCUAGCUUGCUCUUUAGCAAGCAUGCCAUUGACGAAACAAUUAAGCAUUGCCAUAAUUGAUAGCAAUCCUGCAUUGCUGAGUGGAGAUAGAAUCAAUAAAGAGGAUCCACCAGAUCCAAGAGUGAGUACAGUCACACCAGCAACAAUAGCUCUUUUUAAAGGUGUGGGUGCCUGGCAAUAUAUUGAGGAGCAUCGACAUGCUUAUUUUGACAAGAUGCAGGUCUGGGAUUAUACUGGUCUUGGAUAUACAAGGUACAAUGCAAGAGACAUUAAUAAAGAAGUACUUGGGUGCGUAGUGGAGAAUAAAGUGCUUCAUAGAUCUCUAUUAUCAUGCGUACAGAAUUCAGCUCUCCAGAAGACAAUACAUCCUGUCAGGUUAAGCUCCAUGAUCUUACGUCCAAGUUCAUCAUCACAUCAUGGAGAUUUAGCCAAACUGGAACUCAGUGAUGGAAGUAGCCUGUAUGCAAAAUUGGUGGUUGGAGCUGAUGGGUCCAAAUCACGUGUUAGGGAGUUAGCAGGAAUCGAUGCAACUGGAUGGAAGUACCCCCAGAGUGCAGUCAUAUGUACUGUUGAGCAUAUGGAACAAAAUCAAUGUGCUUGGCAACGAUUUCUCCCGAAUGGUCCAAUUGCACUUCUGCCUAUUGGCAACAAGUUCAGCAACAUUGUUUGGACUAUGAAGCCUCAUGAGUCCUCAGAUCGCAAAUCAAUGACUGAGGUUGAUUUUGUGAAAGAAGUAAACCAUGCUUUGGACAGCGGAUAUGGUCCUCAUCCUCAAUCACAAUUAUUUGGGGGCGGAGAUGUCUUUUCUUGGCUCCCAGCAAAUAUGACAAAGUCAGCUUAUGAGAACUUCGAAGUUCCGCCCAAAGUUGUCAAAUUAGCCUCUGAAAGAAUGGCAUUUCCAUUGUCUCUAAUGCACGCUAAUCACUAUGCAUCAAAGCGUGUUGUCCUUAUUGGUGAUGCUGCACAUACUGUCCAUCCCUUGGCUGGGCAAGGAGUUAAUAUGGGAUUUGGAGAUGCAUUUUCUCUCUCAAAAGUCGUUGCUGAAAGUAUUGCCGUAGGAUCUGACAUUGGGGAGGUGUCCUUGCUAAGAAGAUACGAAUCAGAAAGGAAACCUGCUAAUUUGACAUUGAUGGCUAUCCUGGAUGGUUUCCAGAAGGCCUAUUCUGUUGAUUUUGGACCUUUAAAUGUAUUACGCGCUGCCGCCUUACAUGGUGCCCAAUAUAUUUCGCCGUUGAAACGAAAUAUCAUCGAGUAUGCGUCGGGUGAACAGAGGUUUCCUCUUUUCUCAUGAUGUUUUAUACGAGUUAUUUAGGCAUUCUCAUUAGGACUUUUGUCCUCUUUCCUUUCAUUUCAAAGAAUUUCACAGUAACACUACGCUGUACACUUUAAUGUGAAAAAUAAUGCGUGCAUCGGUUUUUGGUUGCUUUCA